AAUUGUUUCAUGUGGCUUGAGAAUGAACUGUUGUUCGAAAAUUUGCCAAACAAUAUAAUAUUUGCUUUUUAUUGCAUUUUCAAUUAAUUAUCGAGGAAAAGGUCAUUUGAAAUUCAAACUACAUAUAGGUUUGGUUCGGUUUGAUUAGAAAGCAUCUCUGGGUAUACUGCCUCUUCUUUGUAACAAAAAAAGUGUGAUGCCUGCUUUACAACUACCUACCCUUCAGGCUGGUCCUUAUGUACCUAUUAGAGAGUUACAAGUAGCUGAAGAACUUUGCUCAUUGAAGAAAACAUGCUGCCUCUGAAGUAUAGACUCCAAACUAGAAUUGAAAAUGUUCACAAAUUAUAGGAAGGUGUAAGCAGUUGACUCUGUAGUACAAACAGUUUUCUGGCUUGUGUUCCGAUGUAAACAAGAGGCCUAGGAUUUGCUGGUUUUCUCCGCCCGGGAAGUGCGCUGACGGACGCCUGGUUCUCUCCGCCCUGGAAGUGCGCUGACGGACGCCUGGUUCUCUCCGCCCGGGAAGUGCGCUGACGGACGCCGACCAUGCCGGCCGACGUGGAGUGCCCGGCCACGCCGCCGGAGCUACCCCGGGAGCCGACCCCCACGCGCGUGAAGUGUUCGCCCGUGCGCGAGGGGAGCAGCUCGCCGGGCCGGGCCUCGCCCGACUCGGCCUGCCCCAUCUGCCUGGGCAAGCUGGACAACAAGGCGUUCUCAGACGGGUGCAUGCACCAGUUCUGCUUCACGUGUAUCGUCGAGUGGUCCAAGGUGCGCGCGGUUUGUCCGCUCUGCAAACAGGGCUUCACGUCCAUCAUCCACAAUGUGCGCUCCGAGAUCGACUAUGAUCGGUACCGUCUGCCGCCGCCGCCGGCCGCCGAGCCGCAGAACCCGUACAUCUUCCAGCCCGGUCUCCACCAGACCCGCUGCCUGAACCGCGCCGCCCCCGGCAGGGACGGCCCCGAGCUGCGCUCGCGCUGGCUGCAGAUGCGCCGUCAGAUGUACCGUCACCGGUCGCGCGUGCUGCCCAUGCUGUGGCCGGUGCCCGAGGGACACGACUACCACCUGCCGGCGGCGCCGGCGCGGCCACGGCCGCCCACCCGGCCCCGGCUGACCUCCGAGUCGCGCCGACACAUCUACGGCUCGGACAUGUGGGCCCGGCCGACGGCCGACGAGCUGACCGGCCGCUACCGCGAGACGGGGCCCGACUUCUACAGGAACAACCCGGCCUGCACGCACCGCUUGGUGCCGUGGCUGAACCGAGAGCUGAACGCCGUGCUGGACAGCCCCGCCCUGCUGGCGCACGUCAUGGAGCACGUGAUGCAGCUUAUCACCCGCCUCCACAUCCUCAGCCCCGAGUUCCGAGCUCACCUGGAGCCCUACAUGAGCCCGUGGACGGAGCACUUUGUGCACGAGUUCUACUGCUUCGCGCGCUCUCCCUACGAUAUGGUCGGCUACGAUCUGAACGUGCAGUACCGCCAGGGCCGGCCUGACUCGCCUCCCAUGCAGGUGAUGGCCAGUAGCGGCGACAGCGACUCCGGCAGCGACAGUGACAUUCGCGUGCUGACGCCACCGACGCAGCCGUCGACGCCGAUUCGGACGGAGCGGCUGUCGUCGCCGGAGCCGGGGCCGAGUGGCAGCGCUGGGCGGGCCGACCGGGGCGUUUCGGCCGCACUCGGCCGAGUCAGAGCGUUCCUGGCGAAGGCGCGCGCUGCCGAGAGUGACUCUGACUCGGAUAUGGACUCUGAUGUGGGAGCCGGUGACGCUGGGGGCUCAGACUCGGCGGUGGAAGUGGUAGAGGUGCUUCCUCCGCGCAGCCAGCGGGCACCGGUCAUCGUGACGCUCUCAUCGGACGAGGAGGCGGCCCCGCCAGCGUCUGCCCCGCCAGCAACUACCGAGGCGACAGAGCCGGAACGGCGUCGCACCGACCGCCAAGCGCGCCGGACGGCGGCGACGACCGACGGGCAGCGGCAGAAGAGCCGAGGAACGGCUGAGAAACGAACUCGCUCCGACGGUGACAGUAACAAACGCCGGCGGAGGGAGGUGACUGGGAAGAAUGGAGAUGUGCAUACUGCACACAAACGGAGAGAGAAGAGACCGAACCGAGAGGCAGACAGAGCGGAGCGACGCGCCAAGGGAGCGGAACAGCGCGGGGCGUCACAGUCGAGUCGAGGCAGCUCGAGGUCCAAGUCGAGUAAGACGACUGCUAGCUCGUCUGGCGGCAAGAGUAGCUCUAUCUCUAUGCCGACAGCCGCAAGUUUGGCGACACCCAGCGAUGCAAGCUGGAGGCCGACGGAUAGUGAGAGAAGUUCGGUAAAUAGCGCUCUAAGCUCGAGGAUUAGUGACAGAGUAACCGUUUCCAGUGACAGAACUAGCAUUGACGUUGUUGGAGAAACGACCGACAGAUCCAGCCUACUUUCCAUCUCUAGCGGAAAGAGCACAUCGGCAUCUGCUGGAGCGAUUGGCGAAAACUGUUCGAAGUCGGGAGAUAAAUCGAGUGACAAGAGCCAUAAAUCCAAAUCCAGUGAUAAAAGUAGCAAAAGUUCGAAAACAAGUGACAGAAGCCACAAGUCGAAAUCCAGCGACAAAAGUCACAAAUCAAAAUCCAGUGAUAAAAGUCACAAAUCGAGAUCCAGCGACAAGUCAAGCCACAAGUCGAAAUCCAGCGACAAAAGCCACAAGUCCAAACAUCGUGACAAAUCGCACAAAUCUAAAUCCAGUGACAAGCACCGUUCUUCCAGCAGAAAAUCUGACAAGGGGGAUGAGAAGCGCGACUCUGACGGUCGUCGUCACAGGCGUCGCUCGCGGGACGACGCGCGGAGCCAGAAGCGCCGUCGACUGGUGGAUAGCGACUCGUCGGACUGCCUGCCCUCGCCCGGCUCGCCGCAGCCCUCCACCUCCUCCGGGGUGACGGAUCGGUCCCGUCAGUUCCACCGGAUUGUGCCCGCCGUCACCUCCUCCAGCGACGCCGCCCAGAGCAGCUCGUCGAGUGUGGUGGGCGCGCGGCCCGUCCGCUGCCGCCGCCUCUCGGACUCGGCCUCCGAGGGGAGCAGCGCGGCUGGCCGCCGGUCGGCGGUGGCGCCCAGUGACAGUGACAGUGAGGAGGAUGUUGGCGCGCGGCGGCCGGCGGUGCGCAGUGCGGUGGUCCGCGCCCGCAGAGCUGUGCGCAGUGAGGACAGUGACUCGAGUGACUGGUAAUUGACGCGAGACAGACACCAUUCGGACACGAGGAGCCAACCUGUGUCCGCCACCCGCCUAUCGCCAAGUGAUUUAUUGUUCAAAUGACGCAGAGUUUCACAGAAAGAUUCUCGAUUGUGCAAAAACGUUAUCUUCUAACGUUGAGUGUGAGUGUGUCCAUGUCCGAAAGGGUACGAUACGUGACCGACGAUAUUUUCAGUGCAGCCUAUACUUGCAGUUGGGUGUCGUUGACUCCAGGGUUCGCUGGCUGUGGGACAUACCCGUGACAUUACCCUGCUACUCUCGCAGUACCGCGGAUGGCUAGUGACCACACGCGACCGCCUGUGCUGCUGACGAGUGACGCUCAAGAUAUCUGCCAAUGGGGUUGAUGAUGUUUGGAGUGCGUGGUUGUGACGCGAGGUGCUGACUGGCGCCGCUGAGUCCUUCACCCGUUCCCUCGGGGGAGUUAUCGAAAACGGAAUGAGGAUGUAUAAGAUGGCAAGAUGAAUUAAAUACACCAAUAACAGGGA